AUGGCGGCUUUAGCGCCCGGAAUCCUCCAGAAGCUGAUCGACGGCAUGAAAACCGGAGUUAAACCGACCGGCGAGCACAGAAGCUCUCUGUUGCAAGUCACCGACAUAGUCCCGAUCGAUCUUGACGAGAAGAAUCUUUUGCCCAAACAAGGCUUCUUCAUAAAACUCUCCGACUCCUCUCAUUCGAUCUACGUCAGCCUCCCUUCUGAUCAAGACGACGACGUUCUCAGCAACAAGAUGCAGCUUGGUCAAUUCAUCUACGUCGAUCGGCUUGAUCCAGGGACCCCUGUUCCGAUCGUCAAAGGCGCGAGGCCGAUCCCGGGACGGCAUCCUCUGCUCGGAACUCCGGAGCCGUUGAUGAGUGCAAGAGGAAAGACGGAGAAGGAGCCUGGUUCGAGGCCGAGAAGAGGCUCUUGGGGUCAAAACGGCGACGUUCCGUCUCCUUUCGUGUUAAAGCCUGCGCCUUUGGAUUUCGAUCAGUGCACGCCGGCGAAGCAUAGGCUUGGUGAAAGGAGAUUCGCUGCGGCGUCUCCGAUGACGACGAGAGGGAGAUCGCCGGGAGGCGUUAGGUGUUCUUACGGAGGAGGGAUUUUGGGGAAAAUGGCGGAUCUGAAAGGAGAGAGCCCUGCUUCGAUGAUGAGGAAGAGCUGCGUUGGCCCGCCGAGUUCGAAGUUUCCGAGAAGCAGAAGUGUUUGCGAUAGGGAGACGGCGGCGAAGAUCUCUGUUUCCUCUGUUCUUCUUAGUCCCUUUAAAUCCUCUGCAAAGAAAAGCAACUCACCGCCUCCGAGUUCACGCACCAGAAGAGCAACAUCAGCUGCUUUGGUGGAAGAUGAAAGAGAUGCUCCAAAGUCUACUUCGAAAUUGGCUUCUCCAAAGUAUGAAUCUAAGCACAUUAAGGUGGAAAAGCCAGAGAAGAGCUUGACUCUACCAGGAAGACUUAGCACAUUGAGCAAGGAAGCAAUGCAGCAGCGGGACACAGCUCAGAAGAUAGCUCUUCAGGCAUUGAGAGAAGCUACAGCCACAGAAACAGUCGUCCGUCAUCUCAAGACAUUAGCAAAUCUGAGCAAAUCAGCAAAAGCGGACUGUCCAGCUGCGUGUUUCGAGAAGUUCUUGGAGUUUCACAGCCAGAUAUCUGAAACAAUGAGAGAAAUCACCUCUAUUGAAGCAGCUGUUUCAUCAGCUACAGAUAACAAAUCCGAGGAUGGAUCGAUACUUAACGAAAUCCAGCAUAACUCUAUUGAUCAGGAGAAAACAGCGUCAAAGAGAAGAACCACUUGCGCCCAGAAGCAGCAGCAAACUCAUAAGCAGUUGAGGUCAAACGAUGAGAACAAGAACCCAUCAUCAGCUCCUCUUUCCGGGCUAGGAAACACGGCGAGGUUGGCGAAAGAGAUAGAGAAGGAAGCUGCAAAUUGGUUCAUGGAGUUUAUAGAAAAGGCUUUGGAGAAAGGGAUGAAGAAGUGUAGAGGCAAAGGUGAUGCAGAUGUUAAGAAGGUUCCACAGUCUCUGAUUCUCCAACUUGUAAACUGGGUGGAAGCAGAACAAUCUGCUGAUAACACGAGACGUCAGGUCCAUCCAAAAGCCUCGCAUAUCACCAGAAAGCUCAGAAUCAAACUGAAGAAUCCUUGA